AUGUCAACACCUAUGGAUAUAGACCCUCCUACUUCUUCAGCAGCUUCAGAAAUUACACUUGUAGAUGAUGUUAAAGGAAAAGGAAAGGAAGAAAAACCUCGUUUCGAAGUAAAGAAGUGGAAUGCUGUUGCUCUUUGGGCUUGGGAUAUUGUUGUAGAUAACUGUGCUAUUUGCAGAAAUCACAUCAUGGAUUUGUGUAUCGAAUGUCAAGCAAAUCAAGCAUCAGCAACUUCAGAAGAAUGCACAGUCGCUUGGGGUAUUUGUAACCAUGCCUUUCACUUCCAUUGCAUUUCUCGUUGGUUAAAGAGUCGUCAAGUCUGUCCUCUUGAUAAUCGUGAGUGGGAAUGGCAAAAAUAUGGCCGAUAA